UCAUGUGUAGCUUGAACAGCCAGUGGGUGGGCUGGGCUGCGGUGCUUUCGGCUUCUCCCAUCGCAAAUCACCCUAAUAAUAUAAUUUAAACUUGACAUACGGACAUAUAAACAUCACAGAAUGACUUAGAAGCUGUGCUCCGUGUGUGCCAGUGCACUGAAACAUGGGUUGUUGCAGUGUCCACAUCCUUCUGCUGCUCUUGCUACAGGCCUUGCAGACAUCGGCUGAGGGCUCAGAUGGACAGUUGGUGUGUCUGUGUGAUAGCCCCAAAUGCCUCCAGGACACCCAGUGCCAGGGCACCCGGUGCUUCUCCUCCGUCAAAGUGGGCAGCAGCGGGGUGAUGUUUGAGCGUGGCUGCCUGCAAGGGUCGGAGAAAAUCCGUUUGCAUUGCUCCACAGCUCCGUCCUUCCACCAGGCCAUUUUCUGCUGUGCUCAGGACAUGUGUAACAGCAACACCAGCAGGAGCUAUCUGAUGUCUCUGCUGCCAUCGGCCCCAGAAGAAGAGCCAGUCCGGUAUCGUGUAGAGAUGCUGGCUCUCUUUGUACUUGGUCCUGUGGUGGUUCUGGCUGUGCUGUCUGUAGUAUCCGUACUGGCCUGCAGGAGGCUCCACCACGGCCGUCUGCAGAGGCUGCAGGAGUUUGACACUGAACAGGGAGCCAUAGACGGCCUCAUCACCUCCAAUGUGGGAGACAGCACUUUAGCAGACCUGCUGGAUCACUCGUGUACUUCAGGCAGUGGCUCAGGUCUUCCCUUCCUGGUCCAGAGAACUGUGGCCAGGCAGAUCAGUCUGAUGGAGUGUGUAGGCAAGGGAAGGUAUGGAGAGGUGUGGCGAGGCCAGUGGCAGGGGGAGAACGUGGCUGUUAAAAUCUUCUCCUCGAGAGAUGAAAAGUCCUGGUUCAGAGAGACUGAGAUCUACAAUACAGUGCUGCUAAGACAUGAAAACAUACUGGGCUUCAUGGCGUCUGACAUGACUUCUCGAAACUCCAGCACCCAGCUGUGGCUCAUCACUCAUUACCAUGAAAACGGCUCGCUUUACGACUACCUGCAGCGAGUUGCCGUGGAGACGUCGGAGGGCUUGGCCAUGGCGGCGUCGAUAGCGUGCGGCCUGGUGCACCUGCACACAGAGAUCUUCGGCACAGAGGGGAAACCGGCCAUCGCGCACCGGGACCUGAAGAGCAAAAACAUCCUCGUCACGAAGGAGCUGCGUUGCUGCAUCGCAGACCUGGGACUGGCUGUGACUCACUCCCAGGCAGACAACCUGCUGGAUGUGGGCAACAACCCUAAAGUGGGCACCAAGCGUUACAUGGCACCUGAGGUGCUGGAUGAGACCAUUCAGACAGACUGCUUUGACGCCUAUAAGAGAGUGGACAUCUGGGCCUUUGGGCUGGUGCUGUGGGAGAUAGCAAGACGCACGUACAGCAACGGUAUCGUCGAGGAGUACAAGCCUCCGUUCUACGAUCAGGUGCCAAAUGACCCCAGCUUUGAGGACAUGAAGAAGGUGGUGUGUGUGGAGCAGCAGAGGCCUUUCAUUCCCAAUCGCUGGUUCUCUGAUCCGACUCUAUCUGCUCUGGUGAAACUGAUGAAGGAGUGCUGGUACCAGAACCCCUCUGCCAGGCUAACAGCACUGCGUAUCAAGAAGACCCUGGACAAGAUUCACAGCUCUCUGGAGAAGGGCAAGGAGUCGUGAGAGGGAGAGGAGCUUCAGAGGCAGCCGCCCGAUGUCAGGGCUCGGCACAGAGAAGAGCCCCCCGUGUUUGUUAAAAGAGAAAGGACGAUAACGGGGACUGACAGCCAGAGGAAAGAGUUGUUCAAGUGUCAUCCAGCCUCAUUUUUCUCUCGCUCUCUCACACACUUUCUCUUCCUUUCUCUGUGGUUGCCUUCCACUGACAUCCUUCUCUCUGACUUGAAGCCCACACAGACCUGUCGUCUCUGAACAAGCCAGCCUUCGCUACGGGACAUAAAUCAGUUGCCAAUGUGUUCGCACUGACCUGAACUGUGGACUGUUACUGAGUGUGAAGAACAUGGAUGGCAUAUUGUAGUAUCCCAUCCCAAUGCUUUAAUGCCCAUUUAAGACUGCUCUGGGUUUGGCCUUCUUAAACACACACGCAUACACACUUUACAAUUCAAUUUCUGAUCCCCUGCCAGUGUUAUUUGGCGUGUGGUCGCGGCAUUCUGCUCAGAGACAAUCAGAAAGAGUUUCACUCAUUUAGCUUUAUUAGAACAUGCCAACUGUCGCCACAAACACUACAAACACACAAAUAUGUUCACUGACAAAGGAAAAGAGCCAAUAGAAUCAAAAAAAUGUUUUUAAAACUUUUUAAAAUAGUAUGAUAUUUAUGUAUUAAAACUCCACUGCUACCACACUACUGAGGGUAUGUAAAGCUGAUGUACGAAGGCGCGUGAAACUUGACUGUAUACAUAUAUAGGCAUUUACUCUACUGGACAUUCUGUACCCAUAUCGUCAUUAUCGGAGCUAGUAGGAAAUGAUUUGUUGAGAAAUAGCGGAAAAAGUAGGAAAACUGUUCCAGCUGAGCUUGAGUUUGUUUGUAUGGAAAAACAGGAUAAAACACUACAGAUAACA